AUUCUCUGUAUUCUUCUGCAACAAAGGACCUUCACAGUUUUCAGGCGGUCUUCUCAAGGAAUUUCACAACCAAUUUUUGAGGUAAUAACAAAUGGAAUUUGUUAGCGAAGUAGGAGAACUCCGGGGUAACCAGGUUAUGGAAGGGGAAGAGAACGUGAUAGCCGUAGAACCCAUUACCAUGAUUGUACCACCGGAACUGCAAGACGUGCUGGGAACCCCUACGCCGGAGAGCAGUGCCAGUUCAGGCGCGCGCGAGGGUUCCGGUGCUAACCCCUCUCCGUCAUCUGAAGGGUUGUCAUUAGAAAACACUGCCAGUGCAAGUAGCCCCUCACCGGAAAGUAUGGAGGUGGCCGUAAAUGUGCCUCCGGUUGCAGGUUGGGAAAAUAAAACCAUAGGCGGUAGGUUGAGCAACCUUCGCAAAGCGCCAAAUACGCUGACAGUCGGAUUUCGUUUUAGGGUGAACCUGCAUCAUGAGGUAGCAGAUUGCCCUACCUCCAUUAAAAGGUAUAAGAGACUAGAGGAAGUGGUGAGACAGUACCAUGUUCCUAAGACAGUUUUGUUACGAACGGGGACUAAAAAUGAAAGGGCCUGCAGUGUGUCAGCAACAGGGUGGAUACCUGUAUAUGUGGACCAUUUCGACGCCGGCCUGAGAUUCCCAUUAUCUGGUCUGAUUUUUGACAUUCUGUCAGAGUACGAGCUGGCGCUCACACAGUUAACUCCCAACAGUAUAAAAUUUAUCGUGGGGUUUAUGCUGCUGUGUGCAAGGUUGGAGAUACCUGCGAAAGCCAUUGUUUUCAGGUCGCUAUUUUUGUGUCGGCUGAGUACUACACAGACGAGGUGGUACUACAUUUCUGGGGUUAGCACCGAUCUGGCAGCUCGUCUCUCUGAGUGGCGCCCAGGGCAUGCGUACAUGAACUACCCCACACUAACCUCGGGCGACCUGGAGCUUAGGGAUAGGAUCACUAAUUAUGUGAAAGGAGGGGGGUUAGUUGAUUUGGAAGCCCUGGUUACCCCUGAGCUGCUCGCUAUGCGUGGGGGAACUGGGUCUAGCGCGAGGAGGCAAACGCGCUUUGACGAGCUGCCGCCUGCAGCACCUCGCAGCUCGUCACAAAGGGAGCAGGGUUCCAGCUCGGCCUUGCGGCCACAAGCCGAGCGUAGGGUAGAACCCGCUCCUGCUGAUGUUCGAAGGCGUGCUCGCGAAGAGUCCGAUGCUGAAGAUGACGUACCACUAACUCGGCGUAGGUUGGAUGCUGGGAGACAACCUGGAGUGGUGCGCUCACCUGAGGCGCCUGCGGUCCAGGCGCGUAGCGCGGCUGAGGCGCUUCCACCACCAGUAGCUAGUGGGGGGCCCAGAAUCGCAUACCCUGAGGGUUUUAGCUACACCAAACCCGACUGUCAGCUCGCGAUGGUCCAGGGUAUGCAAAAUUUCAUCCCGCCUGUGGAUCGUCAUCGUGCCAAAGGCUACAUUCAGCAACACGGGACUCACGCUACGAUGCUGAAGAUGAUGGAUAAUAGAGAGCUGGCUGACAAUUGCAAGCGGCUGUCCUCAGACAAGGCGAGCUUGGAGGACGAGGUGAACCGUUUGCAAAGCUCAGAGAUGGCCAACAGGGCUGCAUCAGCCGAAAGCCGGGCUGACGAGCUGGCCAACAAGGUCAUCCAGCUGCAGGAGGAGCUGGACAAGGUGAAAGCUGAGAAGGAAAGUGGGAUUCAAGCGGCCAUGGAUGAGGUCGUUCGCGCAGUGGAUCUCAGGAAGAAAGUGGAAGCUGAGAGAGAUGGUGCGCUGAACGACCUCAACGCCCUAAGAGGGCGGGUUGCUGUGGCCGACCAGGAUCUUGCUCGAGCAGAGGAAUCCCUGAGGCAGGCCAAAGCUCAACACCAGCGCAGCAUUAGCAUCGCGCGAGCUCAAGGCGCGGAAUGGCUGGUUGGUGCUGACAUGUUCCAGGACGCCGUAGCUAUGGCAUCCAUGAACACCACGACUGAGAUCUAUAAUGACGUUCGUGGUAAGGUGUUGAAGCACCGGUCGGACUUCCCGAUCAACAAGCUUGCGUUUUUUGAAGGUGAAGAGUUCGACGCAAAGGGGAAGAGCCUUACUGAACCUUCUGACACAACGGUGAGGUUUCGCUCGGAGCUAAACGAAGAGGGAUUGCCAACAUGGCCACCGUCUGUCCUCGAAGAAGGAAAGGAGUUUGAGAACCUGCCGAGGUUCAACACCUAGGCUGGUGAUGCUCCUGCAGAAGAAGCUGAACCCUCAAGUACUCCUCCUGCGCCUCAGCCCGUCCCUGCUGCCAUCUCCAUCCCAGCUCGUGCUGACGCGUCCGCUCCCAUUGACUUAACGGACGAUUAGACUUAGGUUUGUUGGUAACACAUUUUGUAGUUUCAUGGACACCUCUUGUAAUGAAUUUGCAAAGAAUAUAAUUGAAACGAAUUU